AUGACCCUCAGUCCCCAGGCUAUAGCGUCCUCUUGGUUCAAUGCGUUCAGCGCCGCUUUCACUGUCGGUGACCUAGACGCUCUGGCGGGACUAUUCCUUCCGGAUGGCUGGUUCCGAGACCUGCUGGUUUUGACGUGGGACAGCCGUUCCCUCGAAGGACGGGAGAAAAUCAAAGCCUUCUUGUCGCCGACCAUCUCCGGCGCGCAGGCUACGGAUUUCAAAGUCGAGGAAUCGUCACACCUCGCGCCCCACACGUCGUUCAUACCGCAAAUCCAGACCACCGACAUCGAAUUCGGAUAUACCUUCAAAUGCUCCCGCGGGCCAGGCCGCGGCUUUGUUCGCCUUCUCGCAGACAGAGACGGAGACGGAGAGUAUAGAGCUCUAACGGUUAUGAUGAUGCUUUCAGACCUAUGGGGACAUGAAGAAAGUCCGACCUUGCAUCUCAGAGAAGACGUCGCUGGUGUCGCCGGUCGUAACAUGCAGAGGGAGUUUGCUGACUGGGUGAAGGAAGUCGAAACUAAGCCUUACGUUCUCAUUGUUGGUGCGGCGCAGACUGGUCUGCAUGUCGCCGCCCGCUUCAAGCAGAUGGGCCUACCGACGCUCGUCAUCGAACGCACUCCUCGCAUCGGUGACGUUUGGCGCAAGCGAUACCUUUCUCUGGCCCUGCACACUCCACGAAAGCACCACUCAUUGCUGUAUCAGCCUUUCCCCGAUAAUUGGCCACAAUACACCCCUCGCGACAAGAUCGCCGACUGGUUGGAGCAAUACGUAGCGGUCCAGGACCUGGUUGUCUGGACUAGUGCCGAACUUGAGCCACGGCCCAAGUACGACUCCGAAAAGCGCGAGUGGGACGUGACCAUUAUCCGAGAUGGCAAGGAGUACAAGGUGCGCCCCGCGCACAUCAUCAUGGCUACCGGUACUCUAGGCGCACCGUACAUACCGGACGUCGCUGGCAAAGACGUUUUCGACGGGCGUGUCUUGCACGCCACCCUGUACAACGACCCUGAAGAGUUCACCGGGAAACGCGUUGUGGUCAUCGGGGCGGGCAACACAGCCAUCGACAUCUGCCAGGACCUCGCGCUGACCGGCGUGGGGUCUGUAACGAUGGUUCAGCGUUCGUCUACAUGCGUCAUGAGCCGCGACUUCAUGACCGACGUCAUGAAACAUGUAUUCCCUGAGGAUGUUCCCCUUCCUAUCGCGGACUUCCGUAAUGCAGGCAUGCCGUAUGGUCUGCUGAGGAAGCUGAACAUCAAGGCCGAGGGAUACAUGUGGGAAACACAGAAGGGGCUCCAUGAAAAGCUACGCAAGGGUGGUAUCCAUGUGAACAUGGGACCUGAUGGCUCAGGCCUGUUCUUUCUCACCCUUGGGCGGCUAGGAGGCCUUUGGCAAGACAAGGGUGGCGCAGAUCUCAUCGCGGCAGGAAAAAUUAAGGUGAAGCAUGGCGUCGAAAUCGACCACCUUACGAAGGCUGGCGUCGUGUUCACGGAUGGCUCCGAGCUCCCUGCCGACGUUGUGAUCCUCGCGACGGGAUACCUACAGAUGAAGGAAACUAACCGGGCUUUGCUUGGUGACGACAUCGUUGACCGGACAGGGGAGCUGUACGGGCUGGAUGAAGAAGGCGAACUGAAGGCCAGUUACAGACAGAGCGGACAUCCUGGACUCUGGUACGCUACGGGUGACUUCUACCAGAGUCGGUUCAUGUCGAAGAUAUUAGGCUUGCAACUUCAGGCUAGGCAGUUGGGUAUAGUUGAUUGA